GUUGAAUCUCGUCAUCGCGUGCUGUGCGCUCUGUUGAUAUACGUGUUCAUGAUGAUAAAUAACGCCUGCGUUGAGUGCAGAUACGUCACGUAGAGGACCUGGAGUCUCGUCAUUAAAACAUGAGACGUGCUGUACGUGUAGGCUGUGAGUGUUGCUGUUGUCAACAAUGACGAGAUAAAUAACGUUCGUCUCACGUAACCAGCCUGCAUGAUCUUCGAGUGUCGCUCGGCAUGGAAUAAGUGUGAAUGGAAAAUUUCUUUACCGCAAUCGAUGCACUUAUAGGUUUUUAUUGAAUUGAAACAGUGUUCACUCUAAAAUCGCGAUCAGUAUUUACACGGGACGGCAAUAGCGUAUGCUAAAAAAUCCUACUCAGUGUUUGCACCCGACGGAAGAAGUGUGUUUCAAAAAACCCGUCCUGUGUUUCAAUUGAAAAUAAAUGAAGUGAUUUUACAAAAAUAAUCACUGCGGCCAUGAACAAAACACAGUGACAUUUAACAAAGCCUCUCGCUGGUAUCCUUGCAUCAAGUGAUCGAGGAAUCAAGACGCAGGAAUGGCCGAGCUGCUGAGCGUACAGGUGCCCUGCGGCAACACCGUCGGGGGGUAUGCUGACUUCCACAGAAACCUGGCGUCUGCCGGGGGCACGUCCAACGAUGCUACCCACCUCAUACCCAGCAACCCAAGGGCAUACCCCACUACCCUCACCCAGGAGCACGCGCUCAACCACAACCGAAUAAGCAAUGACCUGCGCAAGAAAGUCGUGAACGGCGCAGGCAUCAUCAUGUCGCGGUUGCCCAAACGACCGCCUGUCGACAUCGAUUUCUGCGACCUGGCCUUCUCUGUACCCGAGGGCCGCAACAGAGGAUACAAGACUAUCCUGAAAGGUGUAAGCGGGAGCUUGAGGUCAGGACAGCUGACGGCGAUCAUGGGGCCUUCCGGCGCCGGCAAGAGCACACUUAUGAACAUCGCUGCUGGCUACAGAAUCAGUAACGUUGUGGGCUCCAUCCGCGUUAACGGACGAGAGCGCAAUUUACGGAAGUUCCGGAAGAUGUCGUGCUACAUCAUGCAGGACGACCACCUCCACCCCCACCUCUCCGUCAUGGAAUCCAUGAACAUUUCGGCCAACCUCAAACUCGGCGAUAAAAUGACCACCGCUGAAAAAUCCGAUGUUAUCAACGAAAUUUUGGAGACGCUGAGUCUGACAGAGUGUCAGGACACGCGCGCCAGCGACCUCUCCGGGGGCCAGCGGAAGCGUCUCAGCAUCGCCUUGGAGCUCGUCAACAACCCACCUGUGAUGUUCUUCGAUGAACCGACCAGCGGUUUGGACAGCAGCAGUAGCUUCCAAUGCAUCAAUUUACUGAAGACGCUAGCGCAAGGCGGCCGGACGGUGGUUUGCACCAUCCACCAGCCAUCCGCAAAACUCUUCGAGAAGUUCGACCAUCUCUACGCCCUGGCGGACGGCCAGUGCAUCUACAGGGGACCGGUGCUGGGCCUCCUACGGUUCCUGUCGUCCCUGGGGCUGGAGUGUCCUUCGUACCACAAUCCUGCGGACUUCAUGAUGGAGGUGGCGAGUGGUGAGUAUGGUGAUGUUACCCCUAAAAUGGUGUCGGCAGUUUACAACAGCAAGAGCGACAACACUGCUCUGCCGCGUCACAAUUCCAUGCACAAAAUAAAAAAUAAUGAGUACCCUGGGGAGACCGAGUCCUGCAGUCAGGGCCCAGGCUCGGUCCCCAGCAGCCUCUACAAUUCCUCGACUGGGGAGACCAAAAUUUCCCUGCCGGCCGCCCAGCAUUCCCUGCUGGCAUCGUCCGACGACGAGAGCGUUGAUGACAUCCCCAGCUCGUUCCCCACGUCGGGGUGGAAGCAGUUCGUCAUCCUCUUCAAGAGGACCUUCCUCUCUAUAAUCAGGGAUGGGAUGCUGACGAAGAUGCGGUUGUGCUCUCACCUGCUGAUCGGGCUCCUCAUCGGCAUGCUGUACUACAACAUCGGCAGCGAGGCCAGCCAAGUCUUCAGCAACUCUGGCUGUCUCUUCUUCUGUAUGCUCUUCCUUAUGUUCACCGCCAUGAUGCCUACGAUCCUCACUUUUCCGCUGGAGAUGAACGUCUUCAAGAGAGAACAUUUGAACUACUGGUACUCCCUCAAGAGCUACUACCUCGCCAAGACCAUGGCAGACAUGCCCUUCCAGGUGAUAUACCCGCUGCUGUACGUUGUACUCGUGUACUUCAUGACGGCACAGCCGCUGGAGCCUGAACGGUUCCUGAUGUUCACUUGUAUGUGCAUCAUGACUUCCCUGGUCGCCCAGAGCCUGGGCCUGGCUAUCGGAGCUGCUCUCAAUAUCCAGGGAGCCGUGUUUCUGGGGCCCAUUACGUCCAUCCCGGUGCUGCUCUUCUCAGGCUUCUUCGUCACCUUCUCCACCAUCCCCAUAUACCUACGCUGGAUCUCCUACGUGUCCUACGUCAGAUACGGGUUUGAAGGCACGCUGCUGGCCAUCUAUGGGUUUGACCGCCAGCCACUCAAGUGUUCCGAGGCGUACUGCCACUUCAAGUCUCCUAAGAAAUUCCUGCAGCAGAUGGACAUAGAGGGCGCCCACUUCUGGAUGGAUUUCCUCAUACUUCUUAUGUUCUUUGUACUUUUAAGACUCAUAGGAUAUUUUGUGCUCAGAUGGAAGUUAAAGUCUGAGCGAUAAUGUGGUGGUAGAAAUCGCUAGUGUAUUAGCUUUGUGAUACUUUGCUUGAUUUUGUGAUAUAUCUUUAUUUAUAAUUUAAAUCCUAAUUAUCGGGACCUAUAUAUUAAGCCAGAGCAGUUGUUAUCCUAUCUAAUACAAUACCUCAAGUAUAACAAUAAUCUCAAACAUUUGCACGACAUUCCAAGCGUUGCCAUAAUUAGCGUUCCUUAAUCCAUGAAAUGCUAUUAUAUAGUCAGCAUUUCGUAAUAAAUUCUUAUCCAUAGUAGGUGACAAGCAAUUUCUUGAUUAUUUACUCUAAUUUUAUGCCAUUUGGCCUCUAGGCUUGAAUUUUUUGAGCAAAUAUGUCCUAUGAUGUACGAGUAAUGCAGUAUUCAAUUAUAUUACCGGUCGCAUUAAUCAAAUAUCAUUUAUUAUAGCUUGGCAGAAUUGAGUGUGGCAGACUAAGAAUGAUGUACCUGAUAGCCAGCAAGUGUUCACAAGUUAUCCACAAUUGCCGAGCGCAAUAAUAAGAAGUAGACUGUGAGUUUAUGAGGUAGAUUAAAAUGAAGGUCGACAAGACAAGCCUUUCAUAAACCUUGAUUUGUUGUUAUUUCAUUAAAUUGCACAGCCAUAUGAAUUUGAAUAGGAUAUUAUGAACUGUAGGUUUUAAGCAUUUUGUACUACUAUGCCAUUCACUCAUUGCAUUUGCACCGUAGGCAGCCUCUAUUUAAAAAUGUUAUGUGACAAAAGACUGCAACUUUAGCCAGCAUUCCUUUACUAAAUCUUUUAAGGCAGUAAAUGGUUCUUCAUGUUGAAGAUCUUAGAUAGAGGUAAUUGUAUUUGCUUACAACUCAACACUGUUUAAAAAUGCUUCAAAAUUAAGAAUAAGUGUACAUGAGAGAAGUUAUCAUAAAUAUCAUUAGCCACUGUCGAUAAUUCUGGGAUUUUCUUCGGGACAUUAUUCAUGGAGGUGAAAACUUGAAUGGUCCCCCUUUGUUAUUUUUUCAAUUGCGGUUGAAUUAAUCAUUUGAAUGAAAAAAGCAUGGACAAAUUGAAACUAUUAUACUAAUAAAAGCAUUUUUCCUGUCGUUAGCAUGGCUGUGCUCUGCACGUUUGCUUGCAUUGCAUUUCAUAAAAUAUGUUCCUUUUACUCAAUUACAUCAACUACUCAAAUACA